AUGGCGGUGUGGGGUGCUCUGUUUUUGUUAGCUGUAGCUGGGACCACGGUGUACGCCGAUCCCAGUGAGCUCGCUUUCCCUGAAGAGGCAAGAGGUGGAGCUCGUAUCGUAUCAGGAUGGGAGGCACAAGAGGGUCAGUUCCCUCAUCAGCUCAACAUCCGUAAUGUGAACCCAGCUGGAGGAGUGACAUCAUGCGGUGCCACCAUCAUCCACUCUGAGUGGGCUCUUACUGCCGCUCACUGCACAGCUACCCGCGUGACCAUUGUCGUCCGUGCUGGUGCCGUCAACUUGACUCGGCCAGCCUUUAUCUUCGAGACUACCAAGUACUACAACCACCCUCUGUACAUCGAAGCUCUUCAGUCUAUCGUACAACCGAACGAUAUCGGUCUUAUCGAGUUCGGCAGAUCUAUUGAAUUCAACGACUUUGUCAAACCCAUAAGGAUCCAACGUUCUUCCGCGAGCAACACUAACUACGGUGGUACCAGAGCCAUCGCCAGCGGUUGGGGACGCACCUGGACUAACGGAAACUCUCCCGAGAACCUAAACUGGGUCUACCUCUCCAUCGUUACUAACUUACAGUGCUCAGUAGCUUUCGGAGGCAGCUGGAUCAUCCAAGACUCUACCAUUUGCGCCGGUGGUUACAAUGUGACCAGUCAGUCUACUUGCCAGGGUGACAGCGGUGGUCCCUUGACCAUCAUUGAUGACGAUGGUGGACUCACCCAGGUCGGAGUUACCUCCUUUGUAUCUGGCUCUGGAUGCCACACCGACUUCCCAGCUGGUUUCAUCCGCCCUGGCUUCUACCACGCCUGGUUCACUCAGGUUACCGGCAUCAACUUCGACUGGGAGUGGUCAAAUACUACCCAGCCGCCAGCUAACGUCACCACAACCCAACUGCCACCUAACAUUACCACUACCGAACUGCCACCUAAUGUUACCACUACGGUAUUGCCACCCAACAUCACUACUACCGAACUGCCACCUAAUGUCACCACCACGGUAUUCCCACCUAACAUCACGACUACCGAACUGCCACCUAAUGUCACCACCACGGUAUUCCCACCUAACAUCACGACUACCGAACUGCCACCUAAUGUCACCACCACGGUAUUGCCACCUAACAUUACCACCACCCAGCCACCAUCUAACGUGACCACUACCACCGCAGCUCCAGACUCUUCAGAAUCUUCGGAAUCUUCAGAAUCUUCGGAUUCAUCUGAUUCUAGUUCAUCAAGUUCUAGUUCUUCCUCGUCUAGCUCGUCAUCCAGCUCGUCAUCCAGCUCGUCAUCCAGCUCAUCCUCUAGCUCGUCAUCCAGCUCAUCAUCAUCUUCUUCCUCUAGUUCAUCCAGCUCUUCAAGCUCUUCAAGCUCUUCCUCUUCGUCGGAAUCUUCUGAUUAA